AUGGGUGGGCCGCAGGGCGUGGGCUGCUACGGCUGCAGCCCCGCCUGCCGCUGGACCCUGGACGCCUUGCGCGCCAACCUGUGCGCCAACCUGUCAACCAUGUCCGGCAGCGACGACGAGGAGCCGCCGCCCCUCUCGGGAGACCCGCGCCAGGUCGAGGCGCUGGAGUCCCGUGUUGGGUGCGCAGAGGGUGAAGGAGGCUGGUCCGCGUCCAACGCGGGCCAGGCAGGAGAGCUUGGCAGCUCCCUGGCGUGGGGCAAGUCCCUCAAGCGCGGCUUCCUCUCGGCGUCUCGCCGACGGAAGCGAGCAGGAGGGCGGGACGCCCAGCCCGGCGCGGAGGAGGCCAUCCCGGUCUUGCGCGGGAGCCCGAACAGGAACACCAACGCCGGAAGCAUACCCGACUUUAUGCACAUACCCGCGGCCAAGGAGAUGGAGCGCCUGGAGGCGGCCAAGAAGGACCUGCUUCAGAAGUUGAGGCCAACGGAGGAGAGCGUCAGGCGCAUCCAGGAGGACCCCGUGCUGGCGGCGGGGUUCGAUGACCCGGAGGUCAUGGCGGCGGUGCACGACAUCGCCCUGGACUCCGGGCGCAUGCGGGCGUACGCGCACAACAGGAAAGUGGUGGAGUUCUACAGGGCCAUGGGGGUGGCCAUGGGGCAGCAGCUGGAGA